AUGCGGGGAAGUAAAGCGGGUAAAUUUUCUGAUAAAGUAGGACGUCGGAGGAAUUCUCACUUUUCUGACUCCGAAUCAGAUGAAUAUGCCAGUUCUCAUAGAACCAAGUUUAGAAGAAAAGACAUGGAACCAAAUAGAAGAGGGAGCAAACUUGAUGGGCGUGGCUCGCGUGGUAAUAGGGACAACUUUUUGGAUGACGACUUUGAUGGGCGGUUAAGAGGGGCACGUGGAGGUAUCAAAAGCAGAGGACCUCGAGUAGAUGAGUUCAGUGGGCGGAGGAAUGCUCGGAGAUUGGAUGGUUCAAGGAAUUAUAAGAGUCCCGGACCUCGAGCAGAUGAGUUCGGUGGGCGGAGGAAUGAUCGGAGAUCGGAUGGUUCAAGGAAUUAUAAGAGUCCCGGACCUCGAGCAGAUGAGUUCAAUGGGCGGAGGAACGAUCGGAGAUCCGAUGGUUCAAGGAAUUAUAAUAGUCCCCGACCUCAAGCAGAUGAGUUCGGUGGGUGGAGGAAUGAUCGAAGAUCGGAUGGUUCAAGGAAUUACAAGAGUCCCGGAUCGGGGAAAUUUGAGAACAACCAGCGGGGAAGGUUUAACACACACAAGGAUGACAGGGGCGGCGAUUCCGAUGACUUCGGAAAUCGAAGGCGGGUCAUUGAACGAUGA